AUGGAGGACCACUACAGGCCUGGUGAUCUCAUUAUUGGGGGGAAUUUGCUCCUGAAAAAGAUGUAUAACUAUGUAGCAUUGAAAUUUGACUGUGAGCCAUCAAAGACGUCAACUACAAGCAGCGUUACAUUCAAGAAUUAUCAGCUGUUCCGGGCCUUGGGACUUGCAGUAACAAACAUCAACAAGGAUUUGGUUCUGCUGCCCAACAUCACCCUUGGCUUCCAUAUUUAUGACAAUAUGGAGACUCUUGGGUUUGACGUCAUCAAAUUCACUCAGGCAGACAGAAUUGCUUUUCCUUCCUUUUUCCGGAUCAAUCCCGAUGAAUUUCCUCAGUAUGAGGGUUUAGUCCAGCUGCUCCUGCACUUCCAGUGGAACUGGGUCGGCCUUAUAGCCCCUCAAAGUGACGAUGGAGAACGUUUCACCUCAACUCUGAUGCCGAUGCUGAAGGAGAAGGAGAUCUGCCUGGUCUUCACCCAGCGGUUCAAAAAUGAACAUGUUUUAUUUGCAGGGAUGAAAUUGUUACCUUUCAUCAUAACUUGGUUUAAUGCUGAAGUGAUUAUUUUGUUUGGAGAACCCAAAUCUAUUAAAACUAUAUAUACCUCUCUGGAGAAUUUUAGAAAAUUCAUUGGGAUUCCAUUUAGAACUGUUUGGAUCCUGACUUCCCAUUGGGAAAUCAGUGCAUCUCCUGAGGGUUUGUCACUUCUAAAGCCCUUCCAUGGAGCUUUGCAUUUCAAGGACCACAGCCAUGAUGUCCCAGAAUUCAGGCAAUUGCUCCUGUCUUCAGACCCCUCGAACCGCCAAGGAGACGUCUUUCUCCCUUUAUGGUGGGAAAGGCUCUUUGGCUGCAAGUUCCACAAAGCAGGAAUGAGCCUUGCAAAGGGAGAAAGAGAAUGUACUGGAAAGGAGAGUUUGCAGAGUCUUCCUUCUUAUAUGUUUGAAGCGAGCAUGACAGGUGAAAGUCACAAUAUCUACACUGCCGUUUAUGCUGUGGCACAUGCCCUGCACGACAUGCAUGGAUCAGGAGGGCGACCAGCCAUGAUGAGGCUUGGAAAGAGGAUCUCCCAUAUACAGUCAUGGCAGGCAGGAGAGAGAAAAAGUGUUCCAGAAGGCAAGGAGGUUUGCUGCUACCAAUGUGCCCCCUGUCCAGAAGGGACUAUUUCUAAUCAGACAGAUGCUGCUCACUGUGAACCUUGCCCAGAAGACCAAUAUCCCAACAAGAACAAGGACCACUGCAUUUCCAAGAAGAUCCACUUCCUUUCCUAUCACGAGACCCUGGGAUACACUUUAACUUCUCUCGCUCUCUUCCUUUCUCUGAUCACAUUAGCAGUUUUGGCAAUUUUCCUUAAGCAACGUGAUACACCGAUUGUCAAGGCCAACAACCGAGAUCUCAGCUACAUCCUCCUGGUCUCCCUCCUGCUCUGCUUCCUCUGCUCUUUCCUUUUCAUUGGUCGACCUGGGAAGCUCACCUGUCUCUUCCGACAAACCACCUUUGCCAUUCUCUUUUCCCUUGCAGUUUCCUCUGUCUUGGCAAAAACUGUCAUGGUGGUUCUGGCCUUCAUGGCUACCAAACCAGGGAACAAGGCAAGGAAACUCUUAGGAAAACCUCUGACCAACUCCAUUGUCUUGGUCUGUCCUCUGAUCCAAACAAUUCUUUGUGUCACAUGGCUGGUAACCUCUCCCCCAUUUCCCAACUUUGACUUCUACUCCUUGAUAGGAGAGGCCAUCUUGGAAUGUAAUGAAGGCACAUCUUCAAUGUUUUAUGCUGUCCUGGCAUACUUGGGUUUCCUGGCUCUUGUCAGUUUCACAGUGGCCUUUCUGGCAAGGAAAUUGCCUGAUAGCUUUAAUGAAGCAAAGUUCAUAACUUUCAGCAUGCUGGUUUUUUGCAGUGUUUGGAUCACCUUCCUCCCCACCUACCUGAGCACCAAAGGGAAGUCCAUGGUGGCUGUGGAGAUCUUCUCCAUCUUGGCCUCUGGAGCUGGUCUUUUGGCUUGCAUCUUUCUCCCCAAAUGCUACAUUAUCAUACUGAGGCCCCAUCUUAACUGCCGGGAAAAUAUGAUAAGGAACAAACAUGUCUAA